AUGGUUGCUUUUGUCUUCACCAUUCAGGUUUGCGCAGCUUUUCUCAUUGGAGCUGCUCCUGCUGUCCCUGUCUUGCCUGCUCCUGUAGUUGCUCCUGCAGUUGCUCCUGCAGUUGCUGCACCUGCGAUACCAGCUAUUCCCGCAGUGCAUACCGGUCUUCCUGUUGAAGUUCGAAAUACCAUGCUUACUUCCGAUAGAGAAACUGGACACUUUUCCGGAACCCUGCACCGCUCAUCAGACUUUGGAUUCCCAUUUGCUAAGAAAAGCUAA